GUGUUACUUAGAUUGAAGGGUGAGGGGGGACCACUUAAUGUCUGUGUUCUCUGGAUUUUGUGGGUGUUUAGACAAAAAAUGUUGUAAAUCUUUAAUUUCAAUAAUUAGGUAAUAUUAGUAUAAACAUUUAGUGUUUUAUCAGGCCUAUUACAUAUAAGUAUAUGGGACGUUUUACCAGCUUUUAUGAUGUCGCCCAUAUGACAAUAAAAUGUUUAUUUACUAUCAACUACUAUAACAUUCCAUUCAUAAAGCAGUGUUUAUUAUUACUCAUCCUGAUGUAACGCAAAGAAGCUGGAUUCUCGGAAACAAUUAUGAUCCCAUCAAUAUAUCUCUCUAGAAUGACACUGAAUGAAGAGUUAAAAAAUGUUUCAAGAUUGCCAUUUAGAACUUAUUCAUAGAGGUUCACGUUUUUUAUAUUUGACCCUAUAAAUAUCAGUAUUUUUAAACAUGGAAAUGGGGGUGAGAAAAUUACCUAAAAAACGUAAAUUUGAUCUCUCAGAACUUGAAGAAAAUAACCAGCCAGCAGCUUGUAUCCCAGUGUCAGUAGUUCAAUGUCCAAGUGUAAUGUCAGCUCCUCAAGCUACUGCUGUGGAUUAUUCUUGUUCUACAAGAACCACAACUCAAGAGGAAGUAAUAUUAACACAAACUUCUUGCAAACAAAAUGCUGUUAUUGAUCUUAGUGAAUGGUGUAAUCAUAGAAUAUUGGCUAAACAAGGAGAUUUGUAUUAUCCAGGUGUUAUUAGAGAAGCUAAUGGUUCUAAUAUAAGAGUUGCCUUGGAUGGAAAAGAAGAAACAAUUACAUAUGCCAAUGUUUUUGAUAAUGAAUGCUUUAAUGUGAUAAGUGAUGCAAGUCCUUCAAUUAACCAAAUAACAGUAGGAACUAGAAUCUGUGUACGUCUCAACCAGAGUGUGGAAUUUAUUGAAGGAGUUGUUUGUUCUAUAUUGGAAAGGCAACCAAUUCGUUUUGUAGUUGCUGUUAUUGGCGAAAAAACAGUAGAAUUAACUGUUAAAAGAGCAGACCUAAGAUUACUUCGUCCUCCAUGGUGGGACGAAUUAGAAAAUAUAGAACCCAACAUAGACAAUGUGAUAAUACCCACACUUGAUUAUUAUAAUAGAACCAACCAGACAUCUCCAACACAAUUGCACACUCCCAUAUCAGUUUGUACACCGCUAUCCAACGGUAGGCAUUGUGAUGAAUUUUGUGAGAGUGAAGAUGAACUGAGACAAGAUAAUAUAACAUUUAAUUCAGAAGUUGAUGCUAAACUAUCUGGAAGUAGUAAAAGAAGUAGUAUGCAUAGUAGAGGCAGCUCCUCUAGCAGCAUUACUCGAUCACAACCAACUACUCCAAGAAGUCAAGCAACCACACCUCACAAAUAUAGAAAGGGAGAUGUUGUUUCCAACCCGAAUGGAAUUAGGAAGAAAUUCAAUGGAAAGCAGUGGCGGAGAUUGUGUUCUGUGGAUGAUUGUAAGAAAGAAAGUCAACGUCGGGGAUAUUGUUCCAGACAUUUAAGUUUAAAGGGCAAUAGUCUUCGUAGUGGGCAUUUUCCAAGAUCUAGUAGUAAAGGUGAUGGUGAAGAUACUUCGAGAGAUUCUGAAACCUCUCCCAAUUGUAGUGAUAGACGAAUGACUGGUCGAUUUGAUCAGGAGGAGACUGAAGCUGCUAAUAUGUUGGUUUCAUUGGGCAGUUCAAGAUCAGCAACACCUGCUUUUUCACCAAAUGGACAGGGUUCGUCACCUCAUACUAUGCAAUCACCAAUAACAGUGGGAUCUAGACAAAACGUUUUUAUGCCAAUAUCAAGUAGUCAUACAAUUGGAAUGCAAAAGAGAACAUCCCCAGGAGUUCAAGGAUACAACACUACAUAUCAGCAAGUUAUAAGGCCCGAAGCUCGACCAGUACAAAAUGUUACCAGUGUUAUUAGGAUAUCACCAAAUCCGAGGCAGUGGUCAAAUAGCCUACCAGAACAGCCUAGCGUUAUAUUACAGCAUGCUUUGACUAGUCCUCCUAUUCAGCAUACAGAACCAGAAACCAAUUCACUAUCUCAAGGAGCUCUUUAUUGCGUCGUUCCUCCAACACAUGAAAAGAGUAUUAUGAUUGUGAAAAAUGAAGUAGAGAAUAAUGACCCUAAGGAACCUAAAUCAUUUCCUAGACAAGUAAUUCAAAGCGAUCAUAUACAUCCAACUCAAUUAAUACGUGUCACUCCAAAUAAUAACAAUACUAGUAACGUUAAUAAUAUACAUUCACAUUCCAACGGCCCCGGAUUGAUUCAGCCAACUUCUAUUAGUAGUGGACUGCCUGUUAUUGUUAACCCGACACAAUUGGUACCAGUGCUACCAUCUACGUCGCAAUCUGUACUGAAAAGAGUUAUUCCCACUGCCACUGUUCAACAAAAUUCAUCACCAGUGAUUGUUAAAACUGAACAAAUGUCCCCAAGUACAUCAAACCAUCUAAAAGACUCAUUAGUUUUACAUAGUCCUAUUCAAGUUCAAAGUCAUCAACGAGUUGCAACAGUUUCUCAUAUUCCAGCAUCUCAGAUAAGCCAACCUAAUAGAUCUGUUAAUGCUACUCAACAUGUGAAAGUUCAAACUAGCACCGCAACAACUCAAUCCGCAUUUGUGAUACCAUGGCAUUCAAUAGUACCACUGUUAACAACUUCUUCAGGACCUAUUUCUCCACCUCUUUCUCAAUUAUCACCUCCAUUAUCUGCACCUCCCAGUACAAAUAGUGGACCAAUAAUAAAUCCUCAUGAUGAGGAUGGAGAUGCAGAACCAAUGCCAACACCAACAGAAGAAGAUGAUGAUGUUUUUGAAAGUGAACCCAGUGAUGUAAAUGUUGAUGGUAAUAUUAAUAGCAAAAGAAGAAGUCAGUCUUUAAGUUCACUACAAAGUAAUCCCAAAGAAUUAAAUAAGAAUAAAGAACGUAUUAGAAGGCCAAUGAAUGCAUUCAUGAUAUUUUCAAAACGACAUAGAGGUCUUGUACAUCAACGGCAUCCAAACCAAGACAAUCGAACAGUUUCUAAAAUUUUAGGUGAAUGGUGGUAUGCAUUAGGUCCUAAUGAAAAGAAACAGUAUCAUGAAUUAGCUUCUGAAGUGAAAGAAGCUCAUUUCAAGGCUCAUCCUGAAUGGAAAUGGUGUAAUAAGGAUAGGAGAAAAUCAUCUACGGGUUCUGCAAGAAGUAAAUUGAGUUCUGCAGGAGAUAGUGGGGAGCCAAGUGAUUUACCAAUUAGUCCAAAAGUACCAUCUCCUUCUAACAACACAGAACCUUCAAAAUUGUUGCAAGAGCAGGAAGGUGUAGGAGAUAUUUCUGAUGAUGAUCAGAUGGUAAUAUGCGAAGACCCAAGCACUGAAAUUGAUCUUAAGUGUAAAGAAAAAGUUACCGACUCUGAUUCGGAAUCUCAAAGUGACAUGGAUUCUUCUAUAGAAAAUCGCGUAUUCCAGCGAUUUAGCCCUGUAAAUAAUUCUAGUUGUUCAGAAGUUACGUGUCGUCCAAAACCAAUAAAAGCAAGAUUACCAUCUAUUGAAUUACCAAAAUAUAAUUUGGCUUCAACUUCUACAGCUUUCCAUUACUCUCCUGUCAAUCCAUCAGGAAUUUCCGGAUUUCAGCCAACUGGAGGAGCCUUCAAAACAAUGCCAGCUUCUCCGAAAGUAUUUAAAAAUGAAGUUAAAAAUGAAAAUACGGAAAAUAAUGAGAACUGGUCAGGUACAUUGAUCAAUAAAGCAAAUGAUGUAUCACAACGCUCUAAUUCAUCUAACAUACAAACGAGCACAAUCAUGAGCAAAACUAACUCUACAUUAGCUAUACUAAAACCACAAAUUAAACCAAAUAUUAUGCAAUUAAAUGAUGGUAUUAGCCAGAAUUACCAAACACAACCUCUAACAGUUGUAAUUGGCGGACAACCAACUAUAUGUUUAUCAAAUGAAAAUGAACGAUCACAACCUUUUGUUGUUGUAGCUUCUACAGCAUCAGAAAUUCCUGUUCAACUGUACAUGCAACCUUCCCCCUUCAGCAUUCCUGUCUCUGAUUCAAAUGGUCGAAGCUUGUCUCUACAGGGUUUACAGUUACUGAAACCAAAUCAUGCACAAUCUGUCAUUGUAACCCAAGCUCAUAACAAAGUUUGUGUUUCUUCUCAAGCGGAGUAUCAAGCUACGCAGAAUACAGUUCUUACAUCUUCUAAAUCUUAUUUCAAUAAUACUGGUGCUGUUCUACAUAUUCCUGAGACUAAUGAUAAUAAUAUAAAGGAAGAUAUAAAAUCACCCACAUUAGAAAUGAUUCCACCUGUUUCUGAAUCAUUAUUAGAUAAACCGAACCAGGAAUUUAAACUUGCUCCUACACCUGCUCAGCUUGGUAAAGCCCCUCUACAAAGAAGACAAUCCAUGGCUGCUUUUGUAAGUACAAAUUCACAAGGAAAUCAAGAAAAUGUAUCAGGUUCUUCAAAUUCUUCUGUAAUCGAAGAUAGUAGCCAAGCAGACAUUGGGUCUCCUUCAACAAAGAAGAGCUUUUUUAAAAGGUCUGUUGAAGAUGGCAUGGAUAGUGUAUUUUUCAGAGUCCUGGAGCAAGUAAAUUUUGAGAAAAAAUUUACUGCCUUACCUCAGUUCAAACCUGAAGAUGGUCAGUCGCCAAGCGCCUUCUCUAUAUCCAGUCCAGGACUUUUCUAUAAUAAAAAAAGACCUCCACUAACUGCCACUCAUCGUACCUCCCUAGAGGAAGAUUCAGAAGUUGAAACGCCACAAAAUGUUCCAAAAUCGGCAUCUACGAAACCUAUUGUUGGAAACCAAUUUUUUGGGCCAGAUUUUGAUAAUGUAAAAGCCGAAUUGAAUGAAAUCGAAGAAGGUACUUCUCCUCGAACGCCAAGAACACCAGGAACAUCUCGGGAGACUGAAAAAGGUCACAGAAAAACAUUAGAACAACGCCGUCAAUUAGUGAUGCAAUUGUUUCAGGAACAUUCUCUUUUUCCUUCUUCUCAAGCGACUUCAACAUUUCAAGCCCAGCAUUCAGACGUUUUCCCUAACAAAGCGAGUUUGCAAUUAAAAAUUCGUGAAGUGCGUCAAAAAAUGAUGGCACAAAACUCCCUUACACCUUCUAGUGCAAAUAGUCCUUUAACCCCCGCUGAACCUGUUAGAGUAUCUUCAAACAGUUAGCUAGUAGUGUGCAAUAGAGUGUCUUCCUUUUCAUAUGUAAUUGUCAAAUUGACUGAUAGUAGCACAUAAGCGUUAUAAGGUAUUUAUCGAUUUGACACAAAGUGUGGUGUAGAUAUCAUAAUUUAGGUUUGUGGCAUUUAAAAUUGUCGUUAUAUCCUUUGGGUACCUUAAAUUAUAUCUACAAUAUGAUUUAUUUUGUGGAAUUUGUUUUCUUUAUUUUGGAGGUGCAGUGACCUGUCAGAAGACCGACCACCAGUUUGAUGUCGUUUCUGGUCAUCAUGAGAAGUUCUUCAGAUUUCUUAGUUGAUAUGGUUAUUAAUAUUUUGGAUUGUCUUGGGGAGUGCUUCUCCACUAAGACUCCAUAGGAUUCUUUAACCAUCUGUUCAGUUUGUUAUUGAUGUGGCAUCUCCUAAUGCCACAGUAGAGCUCUGGUCCUAGGUAUUGGGUCGUUGCCCCUUUUUUGGCAACGCUGUCAAUACCUGCUAUACUCUACUCUGUUUUUGUUAGCUAGUGCCUUCAGUGUUUGCUUACACUUCGACACUAAUUUGUGAGAAUGUGAAUGUGCUUUUUAGAGAGAUUUCUAUACAAACACUUCUGAGCACAUUGGUGGUUCUUCUUGAUAUUUUCUCCUCUCCCAUUAUCUAAUGUCCCACCUUUUAGUGUCGCUUAUUUUUUUGGUUUUUCCAUAUUUUCAUAAAAAAACCGAGAAUAGCAGUGGGCUAAAUAUAUAUCCAUGUCUUACUGAUCGCGUUGUCUUGAAUGUUUUGAUAUUUCGUAUCUUGUUCUUAUAGCAUUUGUUCUAUUCUCAUGUAGUCCUUUGAUUCCAUUCAUCAUUGUUUCAUCUAUUUGUCUAUAUUUUAGGAUCCUCCAUAUGUCGUUCUUGUCUAUUUAUAGAAAACCUUUUCUAGAUCUAUGAAACAAAGGUGCGUCUGAUUCUAGUUUUUCCCGAUAUUUUUCUUGUUAUAAAGUUCACUUCAGGGUGAAUCAAAAUAGUAAUACAUUGUUUUCUUGGUUUUUUAAAAUAAAUCACUUUGUAUUUGGUGUGAGUAUGGAAAAGUACUACCAAUAUACUUCUUUUUUGAUCGAGCUUUCCCUAUACCUUAAAUGAUUAGCCCUCGAGAUAUUUAGAUUUUCUGUACAAAACAAUGAUUAUGUACCUAUUUCUAAUCAUUUAACAAUUAUUCAUGAGUUAGCUAUGAUUUAUUUCUCAAAAACUGAUAUUUGACAGUGACAUGACAUGUUUUUUGAUUUAGCUGUUUGUUACAUUUGAAUUUGAACUAAAGCAAAAGUGAUUUCACUAGUGUUGAAAUGAUUGAUAUGAUCUGGAUAUUGGAAGAAUACAAUAAAAAACGCCAUUACUAUCAGCAAUAGUAUACUAUGAACGUUUCCUGAAACUUACAAAACCAAGCUUGGAGAUAUUGUUGGAGCGGUUCAAACAUGGGCUCAGUUAGUUAUGAAAAGCAUGAACGAUUAAAACCUUCUGUGAGAUAAGAAAAUGAAAUAAAUGUUUUGCUAGCAGUUACUGAAAACCCACGUACAAGUGUAAGGAGUAUUUUUAGCGAACAAGAACUACGUUGUGGUAAAGAAUCCUUGCAAAAAACUAAAUGCACACUUACUACAUUUGUUUAAAACCAGAAUUAACCGAAGUUUUUUUAUUUUAGUUUAACGUGCCUCGACAACGCUGGUCAUUGGCAAACAAAAACAAUCAUAUAGUACAUAAGUUAAAUAAAGGACUAUUAUGAUUUUCUUCAUUUCCAUCGGGCAGUUAAGUGUCUCCUUGAGAUUGGUUUUUAUAUAAAACUGCUGGUAUGCGGUGAAGUAUUCUGUGCAGUCGGUGAGGACGUGCUUAACACACACAGGAACGUGACAACUUUGGCAGAAAGGGUGACUUUCUGACGACAUCAAAUAGCCGUUAGUAAGUUUUGUGUGGUUGAUGCAGAGUCUUCUUAUUGUCAUAGCUUCUCUCGUGUUCAAAAGUUUAGGGAAAGGUGAGAAGUCGAUGGGUGGAUGUUAUGUAAUGAUGUAGUAUUCUUGCUCCAUAUAUCGCACCAAGAUUUUUGAUUGAGGUUUUUUAAGUUAGUCUUCAGAUCAUUGGCAAGCUGAACUGAGAUUUAAGGAGGAUUCUUUGUGCUUCUUUAGCAUGGCGAUCUGCAGAUUCGUUUCCAGCAAUUCCAGUGUGGGAUGGAAGCCAAAUGAGAGAGACUGUUAUAUCAAGAGCAAUGAGAGUUUGCUAGAUAUCGAAGUUGAUUUUUGAAAAAAGAUUAGCAUUUUGUAUGUGGGCUUUAUAAAAAAUUGAUCAACAGAGAAACUUUUGCGACUAUGUUCUAUUGGGAGAUAAAGCCACGUUUAAUAAAAACGGUUGCGUUAACAGGCAAAACUUACACUAUAAGUCAUCAACUAAUCCAUCACAUAGUGACACACAGUCAAACUAGAUGGUCCUUGAGUAUGUGGGGAUUUAUUGUUGGUGAAUAUGUAGUACGACCAUAUUUUUCUGAGGAACAUUUAAAUACUGUAUUUAGAUUUUCUAGUCAACCAAUGACCUCUUUUAGAAGUAGUCCCACUUCGUACACGUCAAAGGAUGUGGUUUUUGUAUGCUAAUAAAUUAAUGAAUGGAGAACUGAAUGAAUUAUUACCUAGAAGAUGGAUCGGAAAAAAUGGUCCAGAAAAGUGGCCACUAAGGUCACCAGGUUUCAAUAAAACGGACUCAUUUUUCCUGGGGUAAUAUCAAGAACAAAGUAUACAAAAUAACUUCAAUAACAAGAGAUGGCAUGAUGAAGAAAAUAUGGAAUUAAUUUCGGAAUUUUUUUAUAGAAAGGCUUCGUAAUGUGAGUAACUCUUUCAAUAAUCGCUUUAAACAUACAUAGAUGUUUUGGAGGUCAUUUCAAGCACGUACAGUAGACUCUCGCUAUUCCGGCAGAUAGCAGACCAGAGUUUUGCCGGAUUAGCAAAUAUACCGGAUUACUGAGAUAAUAUACAAAAAUUACAAAAAAAUGGUUUUAUUAAAAAAACAUAAUAAUAUGUAAUGAUAAACAAUAAUAAUAAAGUACAGUACUGUAAUUCCAAUUAUAGUUUGAAUUAAAAAAAAUAACUGAAGUAUCUUUAACACUUGCGUAAUGGUUAUGUGUUAAAAGAGGUUUUUAAUACAACUUUAUAUUUUUAACACUUAGAGUAAUGAUUGUCUAUUCUAUUGGGGUGGAAAAACUGGUAAUUUUCUUUUGCUUCUUCGAAAAGAGGUUUUUAAUGCCGCCAAAACAAACCACUUUCGUCAGCAUUAUGUAUACACUUGGUCGGGAGUUAGUCCUAAUUCCUCAAUAACGUGAUUAGAAAUAGGUACAUAAUCAUUGUUUUGCACAGAAAAAUCAAAUUAUCUCAAGAACUAAUAAUUUUAGGUAUAGGGAAUGGUUGCCGUUCGAGUUAUAAUUUUGUAGUGGUAAUGUAAACAGUGUGUUCGGUUUGAAUAUCACCAACGGUUCCAGAAAUGUGAACUUGGCACUGAAACCAAGUUAAAAAAAUCUGUAAAAAUAAUGAAUUUGCAUCGUAUUGAGGAUGUUCACAAUAUCAGCGACAGAUGGCUGAAAUUCUGGGUCCAGGUUCUAAUACAUAUGUAUCUCAAAGAACAUUUUCAUUGGGGGAGGAAUUUUAUCUGUUCUCGAUACACCAAUUACAGCCAGUUUCAUAAUCCCACCCUAACUGGCACUUUAACUAAAGGCUCAUUUAGAUUAAAGGGCCCUUUAACUUAGUUGUUAGAGUGAAGUGGUUCCAUAAUCGAUUUGUAACGGUCUCUCAUGUAAAGGCUCCUUUAAGAAACAAAAUGAAAAUUAGAAGUGUGAGUCAUUUGGAUAUACGUCGGGCUCAAUCGUGCCACUAUCGACUUGCAGAAGAUUUUGGAAUCCCUGCAAAAUCUCUUAAUUGUUAUAAAUAUGCUCCCUGUAUCUAAAAAUCGCAGAAGAAGUUGUGUGACAAGUUAAAACACCUAUCCCUUAUAUUUAGUGCAAUAAGAUAACAAUUUUUUUGAUUGUGUGAUCUAUAUUUUGGUGUUCUACCUAUUUGUAGGUAGUAUUCGAUUCAAUAAUGUCGUAAAUGUGGACUUACUUCGAAAUCGUUCGAAAAAAUCCAAGUCGUCGUAUGUUUCCAAAUAGUUUUUUCUAUGUCGUAUUUUUCAUCGUCUUUGGACAAUAAUAUUUUUCUCUUCAGAUGAGCUGGAGCUCGAACUUUAUGUAGCAUAAUUUUUAGACAUUGUGCCAUAAACCUUUUAUUUUUUUGAACUUAUUAAAAAGACGCCUGGUUCAGCUUAGAAUUCAAACAUGAGUUAUGUUAGAAUUUGACGUUUGCCGAUAAAGGAGACUUAAAUUACCUAAAUUGAAACGUUUCCGACUUGAAUAUGGCUAAAUAGCAAUUACGAAACGUGCGAUUUAAUUUAAUUGGAAUUUUAAAUUUAAAGCUUCCUUUAAAUGUAUUAUGAAAUCUUCCGGUACUACACUGUUUAUUUUCAAUGUAGGAUGUGUUUUCUUAAAUUUUGAUAACUUGAGUUAACAGCUUUAAAAAUUGCAAAAAUUCAUAUCCAGUAUAUUUGAGGUACCUAAGUAUGAAGGCAAAAAAUAAAGUCCAUAAAUCUAUUUUUAGACGAAUUAGAAUUUUAAGAUAGUCUUAUUUCCUAAAUUCGAUAUUUAUUUACAGUUGUUGUAUUUUUUUGAAACUUCAAAAAUUUUAAUUUAGAACAUUUUAUUUAAAAUAUGUUUUGGUAAUUUUUUCAUAAUUACUUACAUGAUGCAACCACUGCAAUUCGUAAAUAUUCGAAUUUUUGAUCUCAAAAUUUAGUUCUCCGCAUAAUGUAUAGAAAUGUUGAGCGGAAAUAUAAUCAUAAAAUACUUCAUAACGAGGAACUUGAACCAAAAAAUUAACCAAUUGACAAAAAAUGAUAUUCAAUGAAUUUUAUAUUGUCUAUCUUAUCUUCUUAAUCGUUACGCUUUCAAUAAAAACCAAGCAGUCUCAUUUUUCUUAAAGGAUUUAACAUGGCAAUAUAACUAGUGAAAUCAUCCAACAAUGCUGUUAAUUAUAUUCGGAAGUGAAUUCUAAAUAGAAGGCUGUAAUGACACGUUUGCUUGAUUGUAAUAAUCAUAAAAUUUUGGUGAAUUAAACAUGAUUGCCACUUGGUUGACUUGGUUGACUUUUUGGAGUUGUACAAGUUCCUAAAGUGAUUAUUUUCUAUUGUUGUUUCAUAGUGCAAUAUUUAUUUAUAUCAGAUAAGUGCUAUGAAUAUUGUUUUGUUAAUUUAUCUCAGUGAAAUUGAUGUUUUAUGGAUAAGAAUGUGAUUAUAACAAAUAAUGUUUUUUACAACGUUUCGAACUUAAUUCAAAUCCUCAAUCAGAAAAUACCAAAUUCGAUAGUGUAAUUGCCAAAAAUAUUAGAAUGAUUAAAUCUGCCUGGUCACUUGAAAAUAUAAUUGAGUGCAAGAUGUCUAUAUUAGCUUUGUAGCUUAGUAAAUUUUGGAAGUUUUUCGUUUAAAAUUUAUUGAGAUGAUUGCAUACUAAAAUUAAAAUGUAUAUGUUGUUCGCACUUUGUUUAGAGUAUAAAAGUCUCACAAAACCCCGCUAAUAUAUCAAUUUGAUCACACAAUGUUUUGCAAAUAUGUAAUUAUCUAUCUGUGAUAACCAGAUAAUCUAUGAAUAAUUGCAAUGGCCUAUAUACUUGAAAAUGAAAUUUUUUGGCCUAAAAAUAGAGCUUUCAAAUAUUUUUAGUCCUUAUGAUCAAGUUACUGGGAACAGUCUCGUUCGACUCGAAACAACUAAUCUAACGUUGAUCAUCCGUUGAUUAUUGGACACUGCCCCAGAUUAAAUACUACAGAUAUAUCAGUGUGGCGGAGAAACGAAAUUAUGAGAAAAAUGCAAAAGGUAACUGAUUUAAAAAAACGGCAGAGUAAAUCGAACCCACAUGAUUAUAGAUUGAGAACAUAUGUGCAAUUUUGCAGCCAGAUAGUGAGGCCAUCCUGAAAAUAGAUGCUAAAUUUCGAAGAUGCAAAGGUAAGGAAGAACCUCCGAUCUACUUAUUACUGCGAUCAACUGCGCACGUCUCCGGGCUAUUCGACUGGAUAUCUUAGAAAGGAGCGCUGAAAAACACGUCGAAAUUAAGGAGACAUAUGCGUGGGCUUCUUCUCUUGGAAUACGAAGUAGGUCUCUAGACAAUAUCAAAACUGGAUACUAUUUUCGUAUAUAUCAUAACUAUUGUCAUAUUUCUAUAUAACUAAUGUAAUGUUAUGUUAUCUGAAGGACAUAAAAUGUACAUUUCAGAAUCAGAUAACAACUCAUUUAUUGUAUCAAUUAGACACUAGACGGCGUUAUAAAGAUCUCAGUUCUACUUUGAAUUUUCCCUGGGAAAUUUUUAUAUAUGACUUAACUAGCUUAGAUAAAGGCAAAAGGAAUUGGCUUAUCUCUGUAAAGACUUGUGAGAUAAUAUUUUACUUUAUUUAAAUUGGUUACAACAAUGAAUAUGAAACUCACAGAAAACAUUACAAAUAGAUCUAGACAUUAUACAGUGCCCUUUAGAUUCCAAUUAGGAUAUUAAAUGUGCUAUUGUCAUCUGUUUCUGCUAACUAAUAUUAACGAUCUUUAAAUUUUGUUUAACUUAACCUUAAAUAAAAUAAACCCAUUUCAUAACACCUAUUUACGGACCGAGUUUAUUGCAAGAAUUAUGUUCCCAUACUUAUAGGUCAUAUGAUGCACUAGUUAAUGAACAUCUACUUAGCUACUCUAUAAAAUUGAACAGGUUUGAAUUUGUUGAGGCUUGUUAAUACAUUUUGGUAAUAUUUUAAAUAGUAAUUAUAAUACAUACAGAGAAUAUUUGCAAAACAGUGUUAAGAAUCAUUAUAAAAUAAUAGCAGAUAUUAUUUUCGGUCACAGAAUAGGCCAUUUCAAUUACUCGUACUUUCCUUAUUUCCCCUUCGCAAAAAUUAUUUAACUGAAUGUGUAUUUAAUUUAAAAGUUACGUCUAUACAUAUCGUCAGAUGUAGAUUGUAUUUGUCUCUGAAUUGUAAUAAAAUAUUUAAUUGAUGAACUGAUAGCUUUCUUGGUACAAAAUAUUAUUUCUAUUGAAAUAAGUGCCUCUUUUGUCUUAGGAAAAAGUUGAAAAAGUAAAUACGAUUGGAGAAAUUUUGUUUGUAAAUCUUUUUAGGCUAUAAGUUGUUAUUAAAUUUAACAGUGUUCAAUCACUUUUAAAAUAGUAACGAUAUUGUGAAACAAAAAAUUAUUUUGAUUAUUAGAUAUUCAGGUAUAUGACCUACACUUUAUAAUGACUGUCAUAUUUAUUUCUAAAGGACUAAUUCGUUUGGUAGUUCCAGGUCGACUAAGAUUAGGUAAUAGCCUGUUACAUCUCAUUGCUGUUUAAUUCCAAUAUUUAUCAUUUUAAUUACUCAGAAAUUGUUUUUAAUACACUUUUUAGGCUCGUAUAAAAAAUAAAGAAUAAUUUAGUGAAAUUAAUAGAAAUAUUCAGUACAAGUCACGAAUAGUAUUUUGAAAUCCAGGGUUGAUGUAUUGCCUUAAUUAUUACUUCUAUCCGUUAGAUUAUCAAAAUAUUCUUUGCGAAAUAUACUGUAUUUUUUAUUUUAUUGUUUUUAGUCAAGCAGCUGCUAGUAUAAUUUUUAAUUUGUAUUAAAACACUAGUAAUGUAAAUACUUAGAUUAUACAGGGUGCAUCCAAACUAGUAUUUCUCAUAACAUAGUCAUUAGAUUCAUAUGCAUAUUCUAGGCACCAUUUUUAUAUGUUAUAUUUUGUUAUGUUUUAAUUAUAUGUUGCAACCAUUUUUUCAUUGAUAUUAUUACUUUUUUUUAACUUGCCAAAGAUUUAUUUUGGGAUAGUCUGAAUAUAUUUUUCAAGUUUGUCAAAUGUAAAAAGCAUAUCAUUGAAAAUACAGAGUUAUCUUGAUUAAAACUAUACAUCUUCAAAACAUACUUAAAUUCAGGUGUCUAAUCGUAUCUAAUAAUAGGUCUAAUCUGAUAUAUCUGCUAUCCUUUAUAAAUGGUCUUAUAGGCUUCCAACUGCAGGCAGUGAGGCCUUAACCCUGCGAUCCAUAUCAUCUUACAAGUAUGCAAUAGGAUUAAGCCAAAACUUCUUGUGAGCCAAUCUAGAGCUACAAUUUUCAUUCCUUGUAUUAUUAAUAAUUAAGAAUACUUAUGGUACUAUAUGAGUUUAUCAAACAUCUUAUAUAUUGAACUACUGUAUGUAUAUAGAGGCUGUCGUAUACACAAUGGUAAAAUGUCCCAUUUUCUUGCUGUGACACUUGUUUACAGGCACAACGAAGGGUUUAUCCGCCCCUAAUUUAACAAAUCGUUCUAUUAUUUUAUUUCCCUCCAAUUAUGUGUGCCCUGUAACCCAUUGGACAGUAAAUUUAUUCUUUAACUUUUUAAGUUAUUCCCAGACGAACCUGGAUCUUAUUAUCAUAUGGAGCACAAAGCUCGAAUGCCUCCUUCCUGUAUUUAACGCACUCUGUAUUGGCCUCCAAACUUAUGCCACCCAGACCAUAACACUUACAUCGGUUGUAUCGCUAAAACGAAAAUUCCGUGACUUAUAUCUUACUCCAUUGACGCUAUCCCUAGAUUCGGUGCUCUUGGGAAAAAUGAAAACGUUGUAUUCGAUGAUCUAUUGUUGAAAGAGAACUAUUUGCUUAUUUUCUAUGUCUGCCAAUCUUCUUCACUCUAUUUUGACUAAUAGAGAAAGUCUUGCUGCACUGCAGUGCUUGUCAAAAAUCUAUCUUAAUUAUUUGUUGUCGCCGGUCCUGGUCUUGUUUGGAUAUAAGCAGUCUCCGGAAAUCAUACCAGUGCUAUAUACUUGUCACACACCUCGCUCUAUGAAUGCUACGACACCAGCACAUUCCACAGCUCAUAUAUGUUUUAGUUGUCUACCAAAAAAUUGGAGUUAUCUUUUGGCUAAUUUCACCAAUAGAUAAAAUCAUUUUUUGAAAUGUUGAUUGAGCAUAAUUUGUUUUAAAGUUUUUUAUGAAUCAGAAAGGUUUAGAGUUUUUAAGUAUGUUUCUACCACUAUGCCGAAUAGUUGACAAUAAGUUGUUCAAUGAUAUUCAUUAUGUGAGGAGAAUACUACAAAGGAAACGGUCUCUCCAGUAACUGAUAACUGAAACCUUACCUACCAGGUCGCAGUAGCCAAUUUUUAUAAAAGAUAUAAGAGUAUUAGUUUAAAAAAUUUGUGAAAUCAUUAUUGAAUGAAAAUUCUAAAAAUAAGGAAUUAUUGUUAAUAUAUAUUUUGAUAUUAACGUUCAAAACUUGAGUAAAAAACCGAAAAAUUACUUGUGUCGACUACUACCACUGUUUUAAACAAAAUGUUGAAUAUAUUGGCAGUAACAAUUUUUGAAUUUUUUAUAGAAUAAUUAAAAUGGUCUCAUAUAAUGUGUAUUUCAAAAUAUACCUAAUCUUAUAUAAUUCGGAGCACCUUGUGUAAUAAUCAAACGUGAUUUUUAUGAAAAUUUUCAAUUGUAAUUCUGUUUUCCAUUCCUGUCUUAUGGUGAGAAAUGGAAAUAAUACUGUAGGAAACACCAUUUGUUAAUCGAUUUCUUAUAGUCUAAUCUAAAAGUUCAAAUUAUGUGGAUUAUCUAAUUCGAUCUGUAAUUAUGUCCAUAGCAUUGUAUGUAAAACGUUAAUUAGCUCAAAAAAAAUUUCACACGUUAUAAACAAUCAAAAACCUUUAAAAAUAGUGUUUGGUUUUUCGCUUAUAGUUCUUGAAGUAUGAAUAUUUUUGAAUUUUUUAAAAAAAAGAUCUUCGAAGAAGUGAAAAUUCACAAAAUAAAACUUAAUUAAUAAUUAAUAGUUUACGCGCUCCGCCUCGAAGGCAAGUACGUCAAUUAAAUAAAAAAUGUUAAGCCACUUAAGUCAAACUUCUUCAUCUUCUAAAAAAGAAAGUUUGAAUAAUUGUCAUAUUUUUUUGCUUCUUGGAUAUAUACAUACAAAACAAGAUUGUCAUAAAUCAGUUUUAAUACUGUUUAUAACAAACAGUUUUUUCAAGUUAACAAUUCUCUACAAAGUUGUGAGAAAUAUUUGAAUAGUCCAUAAAUAGUUGAUAAACAGAUGAAGGAAAGAAUUAUUUCUUUGGUAUAUAAAUGUGUUUAAUUAAAAUAAAGAUAAUAUAAUGAAAAAAAAUUCAUAAUUUUUUUUGUUAUUAAAAAAAUAUAAACAAAUUAUUUAUAUUUUUAAAACGUUUUAUAUUUAUAAAAGACAAACUCCGUGAUUGCAAAUUUUUUAUAGGCUAAUAAACUUUUUACACAUAGUGAUCUAUACAUCAUUCCGGAUCGGUUGAGCUAAUCCACAUAAUUUUAGUAAUAGUAUAUCCAAUAAACACCGAUUUACGCUUGUAGACUAGACUUCUAUUUUAUCCUUUUUUAUUUCUCUUUCCAAGCCAUUGAUGUAGUUUUAAAACUCUGACAAGACAGUUGCAAAUUUUUGCAGUGCUAAAAUUCACAACAUUCCCUUUAACCAAAAUUGUAUAGAUACAAUCCUUUCAUCAACCCAACUUAACUGAAUAUCGAGCAUAUAAUAUGUCAAAUAAAUUAAAUAUUUUGUUAACAGUUGAACAUUGUAACACUAAUUUUAGUAAAUGUUAUUCUGUUGUAUUCUCUUUACAAAUUACAAAUAUUCUAUACUCUUUGUAAGUAUGUAAUUUCAAGUAUAUAAUUAAUUGAUGUUUUUAAUUUGUAAUUAAAAUGUCCUUAAAUCUCGCUAUUCUAUGUUUUCAGCUUCUAUUUUAAACUGUAUAUCUAUUUUAUUCAUAAUCAAUUAUUGUUUCACAGAAUUGGAAAUAAUGACAGAUGUUAUAUUAUUUGACACAAAAAAAUUGACAACCGGGUAUUUGGAAUCUUCAUUCAUAAAGUUUUAAAACGGGUCCAAAAAAAAGGGAUGUAUUGUAAUGAACAUCACCAUGAGAAACAAAAAAAAUAUUUAUUUAUUUAAACUAUUAUAAUCAGCACAAUAAAUACAUACCAUUUGGUUGACAAUGGUGUAGUGCCAAGAAAAAUGUGGAAGUAGCAGAACAAAUUGCAAUUUUAUAAAUAAUUGUGUAUAAAUGUAUAAAUUAGAUAGGUCAAAUACACAAUAUGAAUAGAGUGAAUGAAUCCAAAGAAGGGAAGGAUUUAUGUUAUGAAGUUGAUUUAAAAAUUUAAAAAAAGGGCGUUCAAUAUAUAAAAGUAUCUUGUUAAGUACCUUUUGUUAAUGCAAAACAGAACAGACAUAUUGUAUAAAGAGAAAUUUAUUCAAAUAUAAAAUUAUAAAACCAUAAAUGGCAAGAUAACUAAUACCAUUUAUUAUGAAUUAUGCAUUACAUACUUUGUUGCAUUUGAGUAGAUAUUACACUUUUAUAGACCAUAGUAAAACGAUGUUCUUGUGUGAUUCUUCAUUAUUUUCUUGAAACUUGUGGUUGAACUAUUGAGAAAAAUCAUAUAUUUUUAGUAUUUUCAUAUGUGCUAAUUUUUUUUACGUCGUAUUAACGGUGACACCACAUCUCCGUUUUUAAUUGUUCGAGUUACAAACUGAACAGACUUCAUUUAGUUGAAUUAUUAGAGGCAAUUUUAUCUCUUAUUAUAUCAUUUUGAAAUGGAAAAAGCUUGCUGCAUGAAUUAUACUAUCUAUUGAAAUUGAAGUAGAAUCAAAAUUAAUGUUUUAAGCUCAAGUUAUUGUAAACUUUGGUGUAUAGUAUUGUUUACUUACCCUUAACCUUAUAAUUGUAUAAAUUGAAUCAGAUCUCAAUCUUGUAUAAUUAAGAAAAUUAAUUUUUGUGAAAACACAAACUCCCACUAAUGUGCCAUAUUAUACAUUUGUAUUUACUGAAAAAAUAAUAUUGGGCUGAGGUGUAAAAAAUUAUAAAUGAAGAUAUUAUAUAUGAAAAAGCCUUGAAAAAUAUGUUGAUAGGAUCCAAUAUAUUUUUAAAAAAUUACCGCUAACGAGUUUUCUAAUUCUGAAACCAAGGUUUGGCCGUUCUAUCAAGGAAAAACAAAAUAGUUUUCUGGCUAAAUGCAGAGACGAAAAUUGAAUAUCUCCUCCGAAAAAAUUGACAUCAAUAUAUCCUUUUAUUGAUGUCUAAGUGUCUAUUUACACGAACCAAAGAGUAGCGCUGACAAGAGUGUUGUUUUCAGUUAGGAUUGAAGCUUCUGAACGAAUUGGUUCUAAAGAGAUGCAAUGAGAUCGAAACCGGUCAACGGGUUAUACUCAUAUUCCUGCAAUUACGAACCAUCAGAGAUGUUGAUAUCGAUUAAAGGAUCUAUCGGCCUCGCGAUCUUCGGAUAACAUAACAUUUAAAAUUUAUCGUGGCAUAUAGCCAUUAUCAACAUAUUCACUUCGAUAAAACUGUCAAUAGAGCAUAAAUAUUAUGAAACUUUCAAAUUGAGUUUGUGUUUAAUAAUGUUGUAGAAGGACAGCUAGUGAUCUGAUGAUUUCACGAAAAGAUAUCAAUGAAGUCUAGAGAUGAAACUUUCAAGAAAGUACUUCUAACAUUGAUCCUGAAUUCUUUACAUUUAACCAAAUAUGGUUUUGAAAUCUUUAAACUAUAUUCUGGAAUAGUUCUUCAAUAUUAUUCAGAACAAUUGUUGCAAAAAGAAAUGUGGAUUACAUUAAAUAUUUAAUGAAUCCUGAACAAGUGACCGAGGGUUCGUUGACGGAUGUCCAUUCCAUGGUUACCCAUUCAGUCAAAAUUUCCACCUGAAAACAGUCAAAUUCUUAUUUUGUUAUUAAUGAUGAUUCCUAACUAACAUUUGGAACCAUAACAUCAAAAGGUUUUCAGCUGUUUACUGCUUGAUAAAUUGUUUAACUUAUAUUUGCAUGGUAUAUUUACAUGUCGAAAAAUCUUUGUUCAGAACAGAUUUUCAUCAACACAAAAUAGCAUUAAAUUUCUUAGUAAUUUUUUCGAAAUUACGUUUUUGCAUGUAUGGAGUAUUAACCAAAAUAUAAAAAACUUACUCUGACUAAAAAGCGAACAUAUUGCUUUUUAGAUUUGUGGUUUAAAUUAACUUGUAUUAGUUGUAUGUAUAUGUCAAUUAAUAUUUAGUAACUUCAAAUUAUUGUACUAAAGAUCGAUAUACUUUUCAUUUUACUAUCAUAAACAGCCAUUUGUUCAAAUUCCAAUCAAUUGCUAGAUUACAGCAAUAUUGAAUGUAAAUUGGUUGAAAAAUAAAAAAAGAAUCACUUUUCGAAAUAUUCAAAGCUGAGAAGUAUUCGCAAAACCGGAAACCCCAUAAAACUUGCUCAUAUUCGGCUUAUGUAAUAAUUACAUAAGUACAAAUAGUAUGCUAUAGUGUAAAACAGAAACAGUUUAGUUCUGACAAGAAAUCAAAGAUUAAUUUAGAAUUUAAAAAUUCACGAACCAUUCCGAUAUCUGUUGGAAAUUAUACCUGCUUGAUUUGACACUUUUCUAUUAGCUGACAGAAACGCAGAUAGUAAACACAAAUAAGAAUAUUUAUAUAACAUUACAUCACAAACCACAUUGAUUAGGUUAAAGCACCGAUCAUAAACAAACCUCGUUAACUCUUAAUAUAACCAUAAAACAAUUCGUUAUGUACAAUCGCAAGCUCGAAUCCAAGUGAAAUCGACAAACAUUUUCGACGAAAAAAGUCUCAGUUCAAGUGACUGUUAAAACAUUGAACGUUACUAUUCCAGUUUCAAUCCAAUGCUUGAUAAAACGAACCUGUAAAAUAAUACAAUUUUAAUUGUUUAUAAAAAUAGCGGCGUAAUAAUGAUUAAAAAUCUCUAAAUAUCUUCUAAGAGUAGAGCUAAAACAUUUUUCAAAGCGAAUACGCAUUCUUUUUAAGUUUUAACAAAUAUUUAAAAUGUUAUAGUAUAAUAAAUAACAUAUUAUAUUAAUUAUUGUAAAAAGUCUGUGAUCGAUAAAAAUGAUAUCGCACGCUUUACAUUUUUUUGUCUAAUAAUGACAAUCAAACCCUUCUUCUAUUAUUUAUAAAGUAUAUUGUGUACUUAUAGAGAAAAAAUAUUAUUUCUCAUUUUAUUUGUGAAGAAAUAUUUUCAUAGUUAUAUUAUAAUAGUGUCUAGCAAAAAGGUCCGAGGAAAUUGUGUCAAAAUAUUAUAGUACACUUGUGCAAUAUUUAAAUAAUAUUAUAGUACAGUAAAAGCUCUUUUAACCGACUCUUAUGGGACGGGACAAUGGUCGGAUAAUGAAAAAAGGCCAAACUUUUGAUGUAUAACAAAAAAAUAGAUAAAUAUGUACCUGAUGCAUUAAAUUAACAAAUUCAAUUACCUGUAUACAUCAAUUCUUUGUCUAUACAAGCUUGUUAAUAACACGCUGCCAGUGAUGGAACAUUCACUUUUUUAAACGCUCUGAAACUGUAAUCCUCUCUUUAUUAAUUCAAAAUCUUUGAGUUGAUUUCUCGUUGCUGAUGGCAAGCUUUUUAUCUCGUAAAUGUUUGAAGUUAAAUAUCUGUUCAGUAUGUAAGCCUGUUUUUAUAAAAUCACACCAAGUUGUUUGUUAUGAAAGAUACCGACUUCAGAUUCUCUUUCUCGCACAUCUCCUUGUAUAAGUUAUGUAUUUUUGCAAUACUUAACUUGCUAUCAAGGUAUUGCCUCUUCGUACAUUUCCGCGUGUAGUGAGAUUCCAUCACAGGAAAGCUUUGGAUAUGAUUUUUCACCAUCUCUAUAUCAGAAUCCUUUGUUUAAUUGUAGGGUGCCUUUUUACCUCUUUGAUCAUUGCUGGCAGACAAGCCUCCUUCACCUUUAAAUUUGAAGGAAUUUGCUUAUACAAAGAGUUUUCAUAAAAAAAUCCCUGCAGAGUUUGCUCCUAAUAUUGUCAUAUUCAAGAAAGUAGCGUUUAUAAUCCAGUCGCAGCUUCUUAGUACUUCCUGGAGUUGAUCUUCGUUUAGGUGCAUGGCUCUCAACCCUGCUUAGGAUGAAAUCCUUUCACCGAUUAAAAUCAGUUGAUCAAUAGUUGUCACAUAUCAUAUUUCUUGCAACUUGAUUUAACUUCUGUGCAUUUGAAUCAAUGGGCUUAGGAGCCUUAGCUUUUAAUUUUUGGCGUUUUUUUAUAUUCUUCCAUUUACUCGGAACACAUUUUUUCCAGCGUGUUCUAGAUGUCAUAUCUUUCGGCAAAGUAUUAUGUAAAUUACAAUUUUUCUCUACUAUAUGUAAAACAAAAAUAAGGAUAACGAGUUAGAACUUACUUCAUAAUAUUAUUUUGAAAAACUAAACAUCAAAAUUAGAUAAUAAAAAAAUAGACCUUCCUCUGAAGAACUGUCUGAUCCUGGCACAUAAUCUUUGUCUUUUAUCGAGCAAUCGGAAUCGUCUAAAAUUGCUGCCAAUUCAUUACGUACACGCUCUGGUUCGGGCUCUAGAUUGGAUAAUGCUGUUUCCUCUAUAUUAGUAGAGCAUUCUUUCGAGGUAUUAGGCUUAUUAUGUGAGUUAUUUACCGGCAUUUUGUCUUCUAACAAACGAAAUAAAUAACAAUGUUGAAUGUAAACAUCUCAUUUAAUAAUAAUACACUUACCAUUAUUAGGUUCAAACGCCAUUUUCAACAUACGAGAACUGCGAGAAGACAUUUUUAAAUUAAUAUAUCUACUAAAAAAUCUUUUCACACUCCGACAAUAAGUGCACGCCACAACUCAAAGUUUUAGGUUAUGUUUAUACAAAAACUUUAGACAAAUCCGAACAGCUGAUACAGAAUCACGUGUGUAUUUCCGAAUUUUAUACUGCCAAAAUAAACUAAGUGCAAAUUAUUUUACUAAAUGUGAUGAAGAUUGUGUAUUUUACCGAAAACAGUACAGCGAAAACCAGAUAUCUGGCACCAAGUUGUAAAAAUGGAGUUGGGUUUUUGGACCACUUGUUUUGCCUACCUUAGCAGUUUGUUUGGAGUUCUCAGGUUUUGUCAGUAUCUUUGUCGAACAUUUUUUAAUCAAAUGGAGUACUUAACUCCGAAUUUAGUAAAAGUGGAGUUACCUUGUUUUAGCAGUAACCCGACGAUAUAAAAAAUAGUGUAACUGAUCGAUCGUACGACAAAGAGAAAAAUGAAAAUAUCAAUUUUCUAAUAAUGAAAGGGUUUAAACAAUCUUAUGAUAGGUUUUUAGAUAAAGAAUAAUAUUUUUUUCUUCAUCAUAGUCUGCUCCUAUGUUUCACACAUUUUGUCCUUGCCCUCCUUUGGCGCUGGUUAACUCCGAGAAAUUCCUCUUUUGACUGCUAUUUAGUUUCUAGUGUGUUGUAACGGAUCCACGUUACGUUGAAACGACCCAAAAACUUUUCCUUAUUGCGCCAAACACCCCUGCGUAAUCACAUAAUUACGUUUAUUGUCGAUUGUGAACAAACGCGGCACUGGUCUUUCAGAAAGUAAUCAUUCAAAAUGAACUACUGAGCCAUGUGGGAUACAUAUGGUUUCCGUAAUCUCCAAUCAACUAACAGCACAUGUUGAAUUUAGUCAGUUAUUUCGACUGUGGUCGCAGAUCCGCCAUCGUGAGGAUCAGAAUUCAAACUUUUUGAAAAGUUUUCAAAGUUUUCAAGUUUUUGAAAAUGGACGAAUCUCAUAUUUUUGUUUUUAGUUACGCUUUUAAAUAUCCUUGAUAUCAAUUGUAGAGGUGUGGUCUAAAGUGGAUUAUUUUAUUAAAAAUAAAGUAGAAAGAUUAUUUUGAUCAAUCUUCUUCAAAGUACUGCUCUACUGGAAGAAUCUUGGUGUAUUAUAGCCAAGGAUAGAUAUUAACUUUCAGUGAGUGUAUUUGGCACUAAUUUUUCAAUUUGGAAAAAAAUUAUUGUUACUACCAUGUUCUAGGUCCAUGUUACACGACAGAUAUUGCAAAGAUCUCACAAAAGCUAUAGUAGCAGACCACGGCUAGAAUAGGUUCGAACUUGCUGUCGCUCAAUACAGAUACUAGUUGCAAAUAUUUCUAAAAAUCAUUAACUGUAUUUUUUAUAACACCUCGUUUCGAAAUUGUUUUCAAUGCUUUGUGGCAAACUAAAUAAGAAACCAUUAACAAGAAUACGGGCAAUUGAUAAGCUAUCCUCAGAAAUAUUGAAAGUAAAACAAAAAAGUAUAUAGAGUGAGGUGGUUUGAAUAUUUAUGUCUUAUGCGGGAAUACCAAUAAAAUGUCCAAAAAAGUAUUAGAAUCUCAAAUACCAGAAAAAAGUAUAGAGGAAGACCAAGAAAAACAUUUCAAAGUAUUAAACAAAGAAGAGAAAGGUAGAUAUAUAUUAGAAGUAAUAAAAUAUAUAAAAAGACGUGAAGAAAUACCUGUCAUUGAAUAAUAGAAUAAAAAAUUAAAAGUUUUGGACAAUUAAAUUUGUCAGGACUAUAUAACAAAGGUUAUUAAGCAAUAUUUUCAGUUUAUAAAAGUGAUGUCAUUUAAUUAGUUAGUAUUUUUCGUCAUAAACUAGGUACUAGGUUGUACAUGAAUUGAUAUAUUGUUGUUAUAUAUGUUUCAAAUUUUUCAGGUGGGAAGCUUGUAUUUGAAACCUUUGAAAAGUAAGUAGGACCUUGUGAUCAUUUCCUCUAUUCAUUCAAUUUAAUUUUUUUGUCAUGUGAAUCAAUUCUUUGUGUCCUUCAUUUGAUUCUCAUUUUUUUAUGGACAUUUAAAAUGUACCUUUUGUGAACCGCCGCCUAUGUAUAGAGAUGAAUGAUAAUGACUCAUUUGUUAUAAUCGGAAAAGUUAGUUGCCUUCAUUAUAGUGUUGUAUUUAUGAUAUAGCAUUUUAUAGUCAAUGAUCUCGUUAGGAAAUUGUUCACGUAUAGUGUAAAAAUUGUGCAUGUCACUGUUCUAUGAGCACAUGUUUAAAUUUGAUGUAAAUAAUAUCUUAUCUUUAGAUACUAUUUGUACUUGUCAUAUUUUAUUUUAUUGAAGAUAAAAUUAAGAUGGACACGUACAGUCACAAUAAAUGUAUUUCUUUUACUGAUAUUGGUUUUUCACUUUCCCUAGCAAUUCGUUUUAAAUAGAGUACCUAUAUUGUUAUAUUACUCAUGUCACUAAAAGCAAAUACGAUUGUUCACGUACUAGUUGUAAUAGUCAUCAAUGUAUAAGGUUCAUAUUGUAAUAAAUGAGAUUUCUGUUGUAAUAAACUGGGUUCGAAACUC